UUUUUUUUUUCUUACAUACCUGUUAGAUUAUGCAUUAUAUCAGGGAGUUUAUAUCUUUGUCUUUCGGAGGCUUGUUACCGUUGUGGUAUGUGAUUAACUUGAGAGCAAAAGUAAUGUUGGGUGUAGUUUAUGUUCCCAAUAUGUCUUCAUAUUCAUGUACCCAUGCAAAUCCGAUUGUACGAAACUAUCAACUCUGUCUCUUUUUUCUUCCCUUUCCGCAUGCGGGAGUUGGCUAAUAACAGUUUGCGGAGUCACUCACAGAGGCCAGUAAAGGCGAUAUUGGUGUUAGUGAUAGCUACUAUCACUUUUUGGCUGGAGCUAUGUAGGAGAGUGGGAUUUGUGAUAAUCGGUACAUAUGGGUGAUGGUCAGUGGCUAGCCAUGUUGUUUUAAUUUUCAUGAAGAUCACAUAACUUCGUAUAAACUAUCGAGAGGGUUACCGUGCAAUGUCUUACAGCAGCAGAUGAUCAUAGUCUAAGUUUAUAGUACUUUGGCUUGAAAUAUCAUCUGCUAUGAGCCUAUUUCAGAAACAAAAAGCCACCUCAAUCUUUGAACUUGGUUGAUGGACUGCUAUAGUUUAGCACAUGAGUGUUAGCCUUCUCAUUACACAGAGUGCGUACUGUUUUACUCUAUAGAACCGGUAUGCAACUCUAUAAAAGCAGUUGCUUAGUGUCAACGUUUACCAUUAGCAUAGUUGACCUUGA